AUGAGUUCACCAAAGAGACGUAUUGAAAAAGAUGUUAUGGAGCUUAUGAUGAGUGACCAUGACGUCACUUUAAUCGAAGACUCUAUGCAACAAUUCCACGUAAUAUUCCAUGGUCCCAAGGAUACGCCGUAUGAAAAUGGUGUAUGGAAGAUAAGAGUCGAAUUACCAGACCAGUACCCAAUUAAAUCACCAUCCAUAGGUUUUACAAAUAAGAUUUAUCAUCCAAAUAUAGAUGAAGGCUCGGGUGCAGUUUGUUUAGAUGUGAUAAACCAGACAUGGUCACCGAUGUUUGGCUUGUUGAAUAUAUUUGAGAAUUUCCUACCCCAUUUGUUGAGGUAUGCCAAUCCAAGUGAUCCACUAAACACAGAGGCAUCGAAUUUGAUGAGUAAAGAUGAAAAGAAAUACAUAGAGACAGUGAAGAAAUAUGUGAGAGUAUAUGCUUCAAACGCGGCUGACUUGAACGAUCAAGAGGAUCAAGAAGCAGAAGCUGAGGACGAUGACGAAUUAAGUGAUGUUGGAAGUUUAUCUAGUGAUGAUGACGACGACGACGAUGACGACGAUGAUGAUGAUGAUGAUGAUGAUGGGGAAAAGGAAGAGUAA